AUGGCAAAGGACGCCAGCGGGACGCUGCGCAAGGUCGCGCCGCAGACGCGGCCGGCUGCCGACUUUGCGUUUUCGCAGCUGAAUACGGCUGUGCCUAUGAUUUUGUCUGCUGCUGGAUUCAACGGGGGGAGCGCGAAUGCGUGCGUGCUCCUCGGCGAACUCGUCCAGCGCUUUCUUGCUUUGCUUGCGCGCACCAGCGCCGAGAGCGCUCAGGCGGCGAACCGCACAGAGCCUACCGCGUGGGACGUCGAGAUGAGUCUCGAGCAUGUAAUGGGCUUUGGCGCGCUGACCGAGCUCAAGGAAUGGGCGGACGAAGAAGGCGUGUGGAAGCGCGACCUUUCGCAGCUCAUCCCCGAGCCGGUGCUGAAGCAGCGCGCGCGCCUCGCCGAAUAUGUGUCGCUCGGCGAAAAGAAGAGCGUGUCGGAGCUGCACUACCUCCCUAUUUCGGACGGAAUGCGUGCGGAGCUCGAAGUGCGCCGCGCGAUCGACGAGGCCGAAGAGGAUGCGUGGGUCUGGGACGAGACACCCCCGCACGCAGACGAUGUCGAGGCCGAAGAGCCCCUUGCUGAAACGACGACCGAUACCCCAUCGUACAUCCCCCCGUUCCUCCCUGCGUUUCCAGACCUGGACGCGCUUCCCGGAGAGGAAAUGCACAUCGAGCCCGAACCGGCCAAGGAAGAGGCGCCGGGGCCCGCGCCGAUGCCGCGCCCCCCGCCUGUGAUCCUUCCCACGGCCGCCACCGAGCUCGACCAGGACGGCAUCCGCCGCAUCUGGCGCCGCCGCCUGCCUGUGUAUACCGGGUCGCUGGUCGAAGGCGCGCCGCCCGCGACGUCCUUCCCGUCGCUCGACGCGGCACGCAACGGCCCCGCACCCGAAAAAGCGCAGAAACGCUCGUCGCUCGACGCGUUUAUGCAUGCCACCGAAGAGCUCGCCGAGGAGAGCGCCCGGCCGACCCCGGUGUACCUCACUUCCCUCACGCAUUCCCACCACGUCAAUCCGAACUCGGCGGCGUUUAUCGAUGGGGCGGUCAAGCGGCGGCGGCUGGCGCACUGCUUUGUGGACCCCCAGCGGUACGAGCCGAACGACUCGAUGCACGGCUGUGUGGAUCUGCACCCAGCGUCGCCCGCGUGGGUGCCCGGCCCCAGUCUGCUGAUUACGAUCCCCAGCGCGCAGGGCAACAUGGAGGAGAGCGCGCAUGCGGCGCCCGUCUUUACGCCGAUCAACCCCCAAGGGCGCGUCGUUGCGACGGCGCCGCCCUCCGGCGCGCUGUUCCCCACGAUGUCGUAUCGUUUCCCGGCGCAGCUAUACAAUGGUGUGCGUGUCGUGGCGCCUGCGCCGCUGCUGCGCGUCUUUUCGCGCAGUGGCGAUCCCCCUGCGGUGCUCGACGACCACCACACGGAGCGUGUGUUCCACGGCAUGGCGGCGAGCCGCACGCUCAUGACCGGCACCAUGAUGUCGGUGCAGCACCGCCACUCGCUCAGUGUGAUGAUCAACCGCUACCGCGGCGGCAACUCGAUUCUGCACCCUGCGCUCGAGCGCCUGCGCUUUUCGCUUGCGGCGCAGCUCGCGGCGCAGCGCCGUGCGCUGCACGCCGAAGAGGCCGAGCAGCUCGAAGAGGAGCCGAUCCGUGGCGAGCGCAUCAAAAUGCCCAUUGCGGGCACCCUCGUGCAUGCAUGGGACUGGCCGACGGUCCUCCCGUGGGCCGAUGCGGAAGAGCGCCCAGCAACGACGCAGUAG